GGUAUAUUAUUUCAAUUAUAUUUGAUCUGUUGAUCAUAAUAUUACUGAAUACCGGAUAAUAUUACAAAUUAGAAUAGAUAGUUUGAUAGUGUACGGUUCUGUCAAACACGAAUUUAUCUAAUUUAAGUUCAAUUUUUUCGUUGCUUUUAAAUAUUCAAUCUUAUUUUUUGAUAUUCUUAACAUUGUUAUGCUCUAAAUCAACCCUUUGGAUCAUAAUCUUACAACUGAUCUUUGAUUUUACUACGUGUUUAUAGUAUGAUUAUUAUUUGUUACACCUUCACCGUGUACAUUAUUUAAUAGUUUCAGAUCAGGUGAAGUGAACAUUUUUCUCAACCUCUUGGAAGAACUGUGAAUUAUUUGUCAGGGACAAACAGCCUACAGAUUUAAUAUUUUUAAAAUUAAUUUAUUGAAUAAUUUAUAUUUUACUCAAAUCUACAAUAAGCUGUAACUUAAAAUAUAAGUUAGAAAACUAUAGAAACUAUGGAACUCUAUAUGAAAACUAUAGAAAACUGAUGUAAAAAAAUUAUAAUUAAAAAUUAAUUUUCUCCAUGUAACAAUAUAAUUUUAGUUACAUUAUAAUGUAUAAGAAUCGGCCAUAGUCUUAAAACAUAUUACUAAUUACUUAUUACUGGAUUUGAUACAGUUAGUUUAAAAAUUAAAUCUUAUCAUCUCCUUUACUUAUCCCAAUACUUAAAAUACUACCAAUUUAAAUUUCCGAAGCUCAUUAAUUUACUAAAUGAAAGCACACUCUGCUACACCCUUACGCAUGCAAUUGUUACAUGCUUAGUGCAUACAAUAAUUGUUUAACAUCUUUAUUAAAAUUAUAUCGGUAAAUAAGUGUUGCUCAAAAUGGACAUCACGCAUAAUUUAGACGGUGGAGUUUUGAAAGAGAUACUAAUACAUGGCAAUGGAACGGAUAAGCCACAUAAAGGGUGUAAGGCUUAUGUUCAUUACACUGGUUCACUUUCUGAUGGCACAGUUUUCGACAAAACUAAUGAUGAACCAUUUCAGUUCACAAUAGGAAAAGAUAUGACUAUAAAAGGUUUUGACUUGGCUGUGUCUUCAAUGACUUGUGAUGAAAGAUCAAAAUUUCAUUGCCAUCCAGAUUAUGGUUAUGGGAUAGAUGGUUUUGAACAAAUCAUCCCCCCUAACACGUGGCUUACGUUUGAAAUACACUUACUCAAAUGGACAUGGGAAGAUAUCAGUCGCCGGAAAGAUAAAAGUAUUACAAGACAAAUAUUAGAAUAUGGAGUGGACCAUGCUACACCUAGUAGUGUUUCGUUAGUUAAUAUCCAUUUAGAAAAAGAAAAAGAUGGUAGUGUUAUUGAAGAAAGAGAUAUAGAGUUUAGAUUAGGAGAAGGCAAAGACUUUGAUGUUUGCCCUGGUAUAGAGAUAGCAUUAACUAAAUUUAAGACAAAAGAGAAAUCAAGAUUGUUUAUUCAUGGAAAACAUACAUUUUUGGAGUAUGGAGAAGAUGAUUUCAAUGAAGUGUAUGUCAUCAAACUUAACUUUUUUGAAAAGUUUGAAGAAAGUUGGUCAUUGACAACAGAAGAUCGUAUAAAACAAGCAAUAUUUUUCAAACAAAAAGGAACAGAUUACUUUAAAAUGAAUAAUUAUAAACUAGCACUUAAAUUCUAUAAGAAAGUGGUGGACUAUUUGAAAGUGGAUGUCUCAAGCAAUGAAAGUCAAAUGAAAGAAAUCAAAUUUCUUUCAGUUACAUCUUAUUUGAAUUCUGCUUUAUGUAAUUUAAAAUCACAUAGACAUACUCAAGCAAAAAAUGAUUGUGAAAAUGCAUUAAACCUUGAACCAACAAAUGUCAAAGCAAUGUUUAGAAAAGGAGAGGUAUGUGUUAAUUUUUUAGACGUUUUUAUUUAAAUAUAUUUUACAUUGUUUGCAAUUGUUUAUUUAAAAAAGCCAAACAGAGUACAAAAUCUAAGUACAUAUGAAAGCAAUGAUAUAUCAUUAUAACCAAAUAAGAAUUCUGAACUGAAUUAAAUUUAAAAAACGUGGACUGGCAA